GGAAAUGAGGAGAUACAACUUGGCGGUUCUCGAGAUCAACAAAACCCCAUUUGACCCAAGCAGGACAGAAAAGGUCAAGUACGGGAGAAAUGCUGCUGAACUCCGAUCACGAAGAGAGAAAUGCUUUACACACUUACGGAGUUGCUCUGAUACUAUCUAAAGAAGCACGAAAUGCACUUCUAGGAUGGGAAUCUCAUAGGUCCAGAAUUAUCAAAGUAUCUUUCAAGACGAAGAAGGAGGGAAUUACAAUGAAUGUUAUCCAAUGCCAUGCAACUACCAAUGAUAGCAACGACGGUGAUAAACAUCAGAUUUACGAAAUCGACCAGCGAGGUGCUCAAGAGGACCUAAUUAUUCUGAUGGGAGAUCUAGAUGUGAAAGUCGGAAUGGGAAACAACGAUUAUCCAGAUAUCAUGGGACAACAUGGACUAGGAGAAAACAAAGGGGAAUGUUCAUUCAACAAAUCGGUUAUAGGCUGCAGAAUAUUUCCACACAAACCCAUACACAAAACUACAUGGGUCUCAUCGGACCACAUCACGAAGAACUAGGUAGAUCAUACUUGCAUCAGUAAGAAAUUCACAAGGUCGAUGGGAGACGUAAAAACCAGGAGAGGAGCUGAUAUAGCUUCGGACCACCACCUGGUGGUUGCUAAGAUGAAACUGAAGAUAAAGGGAGCACUUGACAACGGAACAGGCAGCACUGCAUAGGUUCAAUACAGCCUUCCUUCG